AGAAUGAGAGUGAUUUCCCUUUGAUAAAUAUAACAGACAUGCCGAACUUCGAACAGAAAGUAGUUCUGAUCACGGGCGCUAGUGCUGGAAUCGGGGAGGGUAUAGCUCUCCAUUUUGCAUCCUUGGGUGCCCAGCUUUCACUUAGUGGACGAAAUAGAGAGGAACUGUCGCGUGUGUCCACUCUAUGUCAGCAACAGGGCGCGAAGGAGGAGCAGAUAUUAAUUCAAGAUGGGGAUCUAACAUCUGCAGAGUUUAGAAAGAAACUGUUGUUGAAUACCAUAGAAAAAUUCAAACGAUUAGAUGUAUUGGUGAAUAAUGCUGGAACAAUGUACUAUGCUAAAACCACUGAAACCACAGAAGAACAAUAUGACUCAAUGAUGAACACCAACACAAAGAGUCACUUUUUUCUGUCUAAGGACGCCGUUCCAUAUCUGAAGGAGUCAAAAGGCAACAUUGUAAAUAUAUCUAGUAUCUGUGGCCCAAAGCCGAUGGCGGAGGUAGCCGUGUAUUGUAUGAGUAAAGCAGCCCUUGAUAUGUUUACACAGUGCCUAUCUUUAGAACUGGCUCCAUUUGGUGUCCGAGUGAAUGCAGUGAAUCCUGGUACGGUCGUAAGUAAAAUAGCCAGACGAGAUCACUCCGCGUAUCAGGACGAAGGAAAAUACCAACAGUUUUUAGAGAUCCAGAAAUCAAAGCACCCGAUUGGUCGAGUUGGACUUCCGGCGGACAUUGCUCAAGCUGUAGCGUUUUUAGCGUCAGAUGACGCAUCAUUUAUCACGGGACAGAUCUUAUUUGUAGAUGGGGGGCGCCAUUGCGUGUCAUCCGCUGUGGCAACCAGUGUGAAAUAAAGAAAAUGGGUUACUUGUC